UUGAUCUCCCCAACCGCACCGCAGGGGCCGCCAGACGUUGCUCUUCACCUUGAACAGUUCAUGUUUGCAAUUCCCUCGGGGUUCUUUUUCUCUUCGUCUUGAGUCUGAUUGUGCUUUUACAGCAGACGUUGCGCAGGCUUGUGAGACCACCUGAUCCCGCCCAACCGCAAGUGCUCCUCGCGCUACGCACCCCUCGCUUUCCAGCUGCGCUCGUAUCAGCCACGAAUCCUCUCUUGACAUUGUCCACCGCAGAUACUCCCAAACUGCGGGCACAUCUCAGUGUUUCCUACGAUUAUGGCGACAGCGCGCACAACAGGCGCUGAUGCGCAGGCGGAGGAGCUGCGGAGGAGAAAUGUAGCUGGCCAGACAGCACCAGCCGUGGUGAACCAGGGUCAGAUCAAGGAGAAGUCGAAGGAGAAGCCAUUCGAGCUCAUUGCCUUUCUCGACGAGUAUGAGUUUAUCUGGGCCCCGCUCAUCUUCACCGCACUCGCUUUCUUCACGCGCAUGUACAAGAUUGGUCUUUCGCCAAUUGUCACCUGGGAUGAAGCUCACUUCGGCAAGUUCGGCUCCCACUACCUCAAGCGCGAGUUCUACUUCGAUGUCCAUCCUCCCCUCGGCAAGAUGCUGGUCGGUCUUUCUGGCUACCUCGCGGGAUACAACGGAUCGUUCGAAUUCAAGUCUGGCGAAACAUACCCCGAGGAGCUGAACUACACCUUCAUGCGCCUCUUCAACGCUGCGUUUGGUGCUGUGUGCGUACCGUUGGCCUACUUCACUGCAAAGGAACUGAACUUCCGGAGACCUACCGUCUGGUUCGUUACCCUGGCUGUUCUCUGCGAGAACUCGUACACCACCAUCAGCCGUUUCAUUCUCCUGGACUCUAUGCUGCUCUGCUUCACCUUCACCACGGUUUUCUGCUGGUCCAAGUUCCACCGUCAGCAACAUGACCCGUUCUCUCCUGAGUGGGGCCUGUGGCUGAUGCUGACUGGUGUCUCCAUUGGAUGCGUGUGCAGUGUCAAGUGGGUUGGUUUCUUCGUCACUGCUCUGGUCGGUCUUUACACCAUUGAAGACCUCUGGAACAAGUUUGGCGACCUCAAGAUGCCCAAGAUGGAGCUUGUCACCCACCUCGCUUUCCGCGUUUUCGGCCUCAUCCUCAUUCCUCUCGCCGUCUACACCUUCUCCUUCUACCUCCACUUCCUGAUCCUCGAGAACAGCGGUCCUGGUGACGCACAGAUGAGCUCGCUCUUCCAGGCCAACCUACGCGGCACUGAAGUCGGCAAGAACAGUCCCCUCGAGGUCGCAUACGGCUCCCGCGCCACGCUGAAGAACAUGGGGUACGGAGGAGGUCUGCUUCACUCCCACGUCCAGACCUACCCUGAGGGCUCGACUCAGCAGCAGAUCACUUGCUACCACCACAAGGAUGCCAACAACGAUUGGUUCUUCUACCCCAACCGUCACGAGGUUCCAUAUGAUGUCGAUGAGGAGCUUCGUUUCCCCGGCAAUGGCGAUGUUAUCCGUCUCAUCCACGCCCAGACCGGCCGUAACCUCCACUCGCAUCAGGUCGCCGCCCCCGUCACCAAGGCCGAUUACGAGGUUUCUUGCUACGGUAACACUACAGUUGGCGACACCAAGGACCACUGGGUCGUCGAGGUUGUUCGCGAUGCUGCUUCGAGGGACUACUCCAGGAUCCGAACACUCACCACCGCUUUGCGGUUCAAGCACAAGGACCUGGGCUGCUACCUCCGAGCUGGCAACGUGAACCUGCCACAAUGGGGCUUCAAGCAGAUCGAAACGACUUGUGUCAAGCAGAACAACCCCCGCGAUGUUUACACUCACUGGAACAUCGAAAGCCACACCAACGACAAGCUCCCGCCUGGCAACCCUGGUGACUACAAGUCUCCUUUCUUCCAGGACUUCAUUCACCUCAAUGUCGCCAUGAUGACCUCUAACAACGCGCUCGUCCCCGACCCCGACAAGCAGGAUGAUCUCGCUUCUGCUUUCUGGCAAUGGCCUAUCCUCCACGUCGGCCUCCGCAUGUGUGGCUGGAACGACGACAUCGUUAAGUACUUCCUCCUUGGCAACCCCUUUGUCUACUGGGGCAGCACAGCUAGUCUUGGCAUCUUCGGUCUGAUCGUCAUUUACUACGUCGUCCGCUGGCAACGCGGCUACAACGACCUCAAGCAACCCGAGAUCGACCAGAUCCACUACUCUGGAAUCUACCCCGUCAUCGGCUGGGUUCUGCAUUACCUUCCUUUCAUGGCCAUGGGCCGCGUCACCUACGUUCACCACUACUAUCCUGCGCUGUGGUUCGCCAUCCUGACCAUGGGCUUCUGCCUCGACUGGACGACAAGGAAGCUCAACAACCAGGUCCGCUGGGGCAUCUUUGCCUCGCUGUAUGCAGUCAUCAUUGGCCUCUACUGGCUCUUCAGGGCUAUUUCCUUCGGUAUGGUUGGACCUAAUAAGCAGUGGAGUCACCUCAAGUGGUUCGAGAGCUGGAGGAUCACCGACUAAAUUCCUGGGACAUUACGGAUGAUCUCACAGGGAUGUCUGCGCUGUGUGGCAGACGAUGAAUGUGUAACAACACCUUUUACUUGCGUUGCGACUUACAAAACAACAUUUCUUUGUCACACCUCUAGGGAUCAUGGAUAGAAUGCAUAUGCGUCUUUGAAUGUCGACCUGGCUGGUUAGCAAGGUGUUGGUGGAGGGGAUAUCUAGCAUCCAAAUGCCUUUCAUAGUGUUAUGAAAUUUCAACUCU